CUUUUAAUGGUGCAAUGUAAUUUCCAAUACCUAUUUACUAAUAGCUUAAUCUAUAACUUUCUUUAUUUAAUGUCAUCAUUAAAAUAAGUAAACAAGGCAAGCCCCGCCCUUUCCGGUGUUGACGCAUGUACGCGGAAGUGCCGCCAAAAACCGUCAUCGUCACUGACUUCAAAACAUGUAGGAAUGGUCGUUAGACCUCAACCUUCCGUGUGAUUAUUCUCUGUUCAGAGUGAAACUUUCUUCAGGAUGGAGAAUGAGGUCGCAUCCACUGAAGCAGAGGGCUUUCUCUCCAGAAUGGCCCUCAAUGACAACAAGGCUGGUAUGGAGGGUCUCGACAGGGACAAGAUCAACAAGAUCAUCAUGGAGACAUCCAAGGGAUCUAGGUUUUAUGAGAAUGAGCUGAAGAAAGAGCAGCAGGUGAACCAGCGCAUUGACAAAAUGAUGCUUCAAAAGGCACAGAUCACAGAACAACAGUUAAAGAAAGCACAAGCUCAGGUGGACAGGAUGGCCACGGAGCUAGAGAAGAGCCGUGAUCUAAGACGUUUGAUCGUACAUGUGGACAUGGAUGCUUUCUACGCUGCUGUGGAGAUGAGAGACUGUCCUGAGCUGAAGGACAAACCAAUGGCUGUAGGAUGCAUGAGCAUGCUGUCAACAUCUAACUACCAUGCCAGGAAGUACGGGGUCCGAGCCGCCAUGCCUGGCUUCAUUGCAAAGAAACUCUGCCCCUCCUUGAUUAUUGUUCCAACCAACUUUGAUAAAUACAGAGCUGUGAGUGCUGAGAUCCGGGAGAUUUUUGCAGACUACGACCCUCAUUUUAUGCCAAUGAGCCUGGAUGAAGCCUAUCUGGAUUUUACAGACCACCUGGAGCAGAGGCAGAACUGGCCAGAUUCCUCGCGUACACAUCGCUACCGUGCCAGCAGCACCACUACAGGUGAAGAGAAGGUUGAGCUUCCCCAGGAGACAGUGAUAAAGAUGGAGGACCUCUCUCCGCUUCUGUUUGAGGACAGCCCGAGCUCCUCUCCCUGCUUGCCGGGCUCUAAAGCUGCUGCUGGUGGUGCAUUCGAGGUGUUUGGGAAGUCUGCUGAGGAGGCCGUUCGAGAGAUGCGUUUUCGCAUCGAGCAGAAGACCAUGCUGACUGCCAGUGCAGGAAUUGCUCCAAACAUGAUGCUUGCCAAGGUGUGCAGUGACAAGAACAAGCCCAACGGCCAAUACAGACUCCCCUCCACUAGAGAGGCAGUCAUGGACUUCAUCCAGAGUCUCCCAAUUCGCAAAGUUUCAGGCAUUGGGAAGGUGAGUGAGAAGAUGCUAAAUGCUCUGGGCAUCAGUAGCUGUUCUCAUCUUGGCCAGCAGAUGGCGUUGCUGUCGUUGUUGUUCUCCGAGACAGCCUGGCAUCAUUUCAUGCAGGUUUCCCUGGGUCUGGGCUCGACAGAUAUACCGAGACACGAAAAAAGAAAAAGCAUGAGCACAGAAAGGACAUUUAAAGAACUGAGUAAAGCUGAGGAGCAGUUGUCUUUAUGCAGGGAGCUCUGUGAAGACUUGGCAGAAGACAUGAAGAAAGAAGGCCUAAAGGGUAAAACAGUAACACUGAAGCUUAAGAACGUGAACUUUGAGGUGAAAACCAGGGCGCUGACGCUGCCGUAUGCUGUUGCUACAGUGGACGAAAUCUUUGCUGUUGCUAAGGACCUACUGAAAACGGAAAGAGACAAUGAAAGCCCCCAGCCACUCAGACUGAGGCUCAUGGGUGUGAGAAUGUCUACCUUCGUCAGUUCGGAUGAUAAAAAGCCCCUGCAGAAGAGCAUCAUUGGCUUUCUUCAGCCAGGCAAGACACACUCUAGUGUCGCUUCCCAAGGAAUGCAUCAAAAGCUUGAGAAAGAGCAUCUUUCUAAUCUCUCCUCCCAAACCUGCCCUGGACUCAAACCUUGUCUUCCCCCAGUGCAGAUGUGCCAGAGACAAGAGGAAGUUCCUAGGUGGAGAAAGCAGAGGGGGUUAGAGGGGAGCCAGACUUGUGAAGAACCCCAACAGUCUUUCUUCCAAAGGGCUCAUGUCAGAAGACUGCAGCUCCAGGUAGAGAAUGGAAACACACAAGAGGAAGGACGCAGGGAGGAUGCUUCUGUGGUUACCUCUACAGGUGCUUUUUCUCAAAAGGGUGUAGAAUCAUCAACAAAAGCACACAAGAAGGACUGUACAGCCUCAGAUCUCUCAGAAGAUCACCUACUUUCUCCCGUAGUGGCUCAUGCAUCCACAUCAGGCUGUGGUGGCACGGUGUCAGAGAGUCUCACCUGUCCAGUCUGCUUCAGGCAGGUGGAGACCACUGAUCUGAAUGUCUUCAACAGACAUAUAGACCAGUGUCUCACUGAUGCUUCUAGAAAGCCAAACCAAUGCACAAUUUCUGACACAGAUUCAGAUUUGGACCUAGAGAAUGACCAUAGAGAAUAUGAAGUGGUGGACAAAUGGAGGGGGGAGUGUGAGGUUGAAGAGGAGAAGGCAAAGAACAAUGAAGAGCAGAAGUCAACCAGAGGUGAUUGUCAGGAGGACCAGCGCAGCUCGAAAAAUGAUUCUGUUCAAACAGCUUUGUUGAUCAAUGGUGACAACAAAACUGUGACCUUGCAACAGCCUGACUCAUGCAGCGAUAAAGGCCCCGUCCUCAUCUGCCCAAUAUGUCAGCUGACCCAGGGCGAUGAUGACCUCAUUACCUUCAACCACCACGUUGACCUCUGCUUGAACCAGGAGGUCCUACAUGAGCUGGGAGGACAAACAUCAUCUCCCUUAAAUCCACCUUCAAUUACUAAUGGCAAGGCCGUGGACAGAGGCCGUCUCCUGCCAACACAAGCGAACAAAGGCAAAACCAAAAGACGGGACUCGCCUUCCUCUCCUCCUUCUAAAAAGGCUAAAGGCCUCGGUCCUCGCAACACCAUCGACAAAUUCUUCAGGUGACAGGGAUGCACUCAGAACGCCCUUCCUCAUCUGGAGGAACUGAGGAAGUUUUCUACAGGAAAGAUUUAUUAAUUUGUUCAGGUUUUAGUCAUGCUACGAACUCUAUGGCUUGAACUGUCCUCACAGUCAUUGCAGGAUCGCUGAUAUUAGAAGCUAAGUAUGUGCACUAAUAUGCCCUUUUUGGUUUUUAUAAGCCACGCACUUGAUAAGAAAUUAAAGAUGACAGAGAAAAAAUCUGUUUGUUUUAAUUCUGGUAAAUUAAUGGAAAUAUUUAUGACCUUGUUGUCUGUCAAUGCCAGUUUCAUUGCCUAUUUUCUCUUACCAAAGAGAAGCCUAAUGUUUUCACUUGAAUGAAUGCUAAAUGGACCAUGCAGGUAUUUAUUACAUGCUAAGGUUGCUAAGGUAAGUUAUUGUAUUCAGAUAUUUUCAGUAAUUGUUUUUAUUAUGUUUUCCAGUGAUAAUACUGUAUAUGUUUAAUGAAGAUAAGAGAAUCAUUCUAUCAUGUAAAUGGUUGUAAAGUUGUAAUAAAUUACCAAAUCCGCUGAA